GCUUCAAGUGUUGAAGAAGGAUGGAGUCGAGGCGUUUAUUCUUAGCAGCCGCAGCACAAAUCUGAAAUAGCUGACGACGAAAUCCGCCGGUUUCCUUUUUACACUUUAACUUGAAGUACAUGGGGUGCCAGUUUACGAAUUAGUCUCGUAAUCCUCCUCGUCGCCGCCAUUGUUCGCAGCCUCGCCAUGGCGCUCCCUUUCCGCGACAUCAACGUCCAGAUCGCCUCCGAUUCGUAUAUAUUCUCUUCUCCUUCAAGCCCCAAUGCGCCCGCGCUGCUGAUUGACCGUCCCACGGGCGAUAUCCGGCUCAGCGAUGCCUCCCUGCUCGGCGGGAAGCGCGUGUCGCGCGUGACAAGCAUCGCCGGCAUCCUGGGCAUGAUCCGGUUGCGGCUGGACAAGUACAUCAUUGUCAUCACCAAGGCCCAGCCCGUCGGCCGUCUGCGCGGACACAUGGUGUACAAGAUUGUGGCGACCGAGCUACUCCCCCUCCGCGAGCGCCAGGUACACGACCAGGAUGAGGACCGCUUCCUCGCUCUGCUGCGCAACUUCAUCAAGACGGGCCCCAUGUACUUCUCGUACGCCGUCGACAUCACAAACAGCUUCCAGCGCCAGGCGCAGCAGGACGCCGCGAGCCCGCUGUGGAAGCGCGCCGACGACCGCUUCUUUUGGAACCGCUUUAUUCAGUCCGACCUGAUCGACUUUCGCAACCAGGGCGGCCGCGGCCAGCCAGCGCCCCAAGCCGGCAUCGACCCCUACAUCCUCCCCGUGAUCUUUGGCGUGCUCGAAAUCCACCCCUCAGCAUUCAAGGGUACGCCCCUGACAAUAGCCCUGAUCACGCGGCGCUCGCGGCACCGGGCUGGCACUCGCUACUUCACCCGCGGCCUCGACGAUCAGGGGAAUGCAGCCAACUACAACGAGACAGAACAAAUCCUCAUACUCAACGACAGCGCAGCAGGGCUCGGCGGGUAUGCAGGCAGCUCGGGUCCGGGUAUCCAGCGCAACACGGAAGGCAAAGACAUGCAAAUCCUGUCGUACGUCCAGACCCGCGGCAGCGUCCCGGCUUACUGGGCCGAAAUCAACACGCUCAAGUACACGCCUAAGAUCCAGAUCCGCGCCGUCGAAGCCGCCCUCCCCGCAGCGCGAGCCCACUUCGACGAGCAGAUCCGCAUCUACGGCGACAACUACCUCGUCAACCUCGUCAACCAAAAAGGCCGCGAGAUGCCCGUUAAGCAGGCCUACGAGCAGGUUGUCGAGGCGCUCGUCUCCAGCCCGCAGGAGCGCGUCCAAGCCGACCAGAGGACCGACGAAAAAUUCCACACCAUCGAGACGGGCGGCCCGCAGCGCUCGCCGUUCGACCGGCUGCACUACGUCUACUUUGACUUCCACGCCGAGACCAAGGGCCUGCAAAUGCACCGCGCGCAAUUGCUCAUCGACCGGCUGCGCGACGCGCUCGUCGCCCAGCAGUACUUCCGCGCCGCAGACAUGCCGGGCAGCCGCAUCGACGGCCGGCUCGAGGUGCGCAACCUGCAGACGAGCGUCGUGCGCACAAACUGCAUGGAUUGUCUGGACCGCACCAACGUGGUGCAGAGCAUGCUGGCGCGCUGGACGCUCGACCGCAUGCUGAUCGACCUGGGCAUGCUGGCGCGCGGGUCCCGCUUCGCGGAUGAGGACGACGCUUUCGAGCUGCUGUUCCGCAACAUGUGGGCCGACAACGCCGACGUCGUCUCCAAGAGCUACAGCGGCACGGGCGCCAUGAAGACGGACCUGACCCGCCUCGGCAAGCGGACCAAGGCCGGCGCGAUGCAGGACCUGAACGUCGCCUGUACGCGCUACUGCAAAAACAAUUUUCUGGACGGGCCCCGCCAGGACGCAUUUGACCUGUUCCUCGGCGCCUACCAGCCGCCUGAUGGCGGCAUCGGCACAAACCUCAUCUUUGCCGACCGCAGGCCCGUCUGGAUCCAGAGCGUGCCGUACAUUGCCGCCUUCGGCUUCUUCUUUGUGCUGGUGGGCUUGUACACCCCGCGGCUGCCUGACGCGGCGGUCUGGCCAUUGCGGCUGUUCAUCCUCUUCUGGGCGGCUGUCACGGUCUGGAGUGUGCACUUCAUUCUGUCCAACGGCAUGCUCUAUGUCAACUGGCCCAAGCUGAAUCCCCGGCCGUGGGCGACGGAGGGCUACCACGAGACCAUCAGCCGGGUGCGCAAGGACCGGAUCCUGGGCCCGCUGGUUGCGCGGCACGAGCGCGGCCUCAGCACGGCGAGGUAUAUCAGUGCCGAGGAGGGCAAGAAGAGGAUUGAGUAGAUGUGGCUUGGUGCUGUUUGUUUCUAGUAUAGGGUAUUGUAAGAAACCCGCGUUUCUGCAUGGUUCGUUAUUAGGCGGCUGCCUCUAGACUCGCGCUAAGCCAGGCAUGUUCGACCUGACAAAUUCAUUGUAAUAAGGGUGCUUCUGACGAUAGACGGAUUUCCGUAGCCCAUGUUCAAAUCGGAACAGGACCGUUGAGGUGGGGGGUGAACAUUUGCUGCUUGUAGACUACACCAGCCGCAAGACAAGCAAUUAGGACCCGACCUCGAACAUUAACCAAUGCUAUACCAUA